AUGAAGAAGAUUGUCCUCAAGGUCGUGAAACAGUGUGUCAGUACAGAGGGGGUGGAGGCUGAUUAUAUCCGGAAUGACAUCCUUUCAAAAUUCUUCAAGCACUUCUGGGUCAGGAGAAUGGCUCUAGAUCGCAGGAACUAUAAACAGCUUGUGGAAACUACAGUGGAGAUGGCAAACAAGGUUGGAGUUGCUGAUAUUGUUGGGAAGAUUGUUGAGGAUCUGAAAGAUGAAAGCGAGCCCUACAGAAAAAUGGUGAUGGAAACAAUUGAGAAGAUGGUGGCCAACUUGGGUUCUUCAGAUAUUGAUGCUCGUCUGGAGGAGCCGCUUAUUGACGGUAUCUUAUAUGCUUUCCAAGAGCAGACUAGUGAUGAUGCAACUGUCAUGCUUAAUGGUUUUGGAGCUGUGGUUAAUGCAAUUGGACAGAGAGUUAAGCCUUACCUUCCUCAGAUUUGUGGUACCAUCAAGUGGCGAUUGAACAACAAGAGUGCAAAAGUUAGGCAGCAAGCUGCUGAUCUGAUCUCCAGGAUAGCAGUUGUUAUGAAGCAGUGCCAGGAGGAGCAGCUUAUGGGUCACUUGGGUGUUGUGCUGUAUGAGUACUUAGGGGAGGAGUAUCGUGAGGUGUUGGGUUCAAUUCUUGGAGCCUUGAAGGCUAUCGUCAAUGUCAUUGGUAUGACUAAAAUGACUCCUCCAAUCAAAGACCUUCUUCCUCGUCUGACCCCCAUCUUGAAGAACAGGCAUGAGAAGGUCCAAGAGAACUGCAUUGAUCUUGUUGGUAGGAUUGCUGAUCGUGGAGCAGAAUUUGUGCCAGCAAGGGAAUGGAUGAGGAUUUGUUUUGAGCUGCUUGAAAUGUUGAAGGCUCAUAAGAAGGGUAUUAGGAGAGCCACUGUGAACACAUUUGGUUAUAUUGCAAAGGCUAUAGGGCCACAGGACGUGUUGUCCACCCUGUUGAAUAACUUGAAGGUGCAGGAGCGACAGAACCGUGUCUGCACAACUGUAGCAAUUGCCAUUGUUGCUGAAACUUGCUCACCUUUCACAGUUUUGCCUGCCCUUAUGAUUGAGUACCGGGUCCCAGAGCUCAAUGUCCAAAAUGGUGUUCUGAAGUCACUCUCUUUCCUCUUUGAGUAUAUUGGUGAGAUGGGCAAAGAUUACAUAUAUGCUGUCACCCCCUUACUUGAAGAUGCUUUAAUGGAUAGAGAUCUGGUUCACCGCCAGACUGCUGCCUCUGCUGUUAAGCACAUGGCUCUAGGUGUUGCUGGCUUGGGUUGUGAGGAUGCUUUUGUUCAUCUGCUUAACUAUGUUUGGCCUAACAUAUUUGAGACAUCUCCCCAUGUUAUAAAUGCUGUCAUGGAGGCAAUUGAGGGGAUGAGGGUUGCGCUAGGUCCAGCUGUGAUUUUAAAUUAUUGCCUGCAAGGUCUCUUCCAUCCAGCAAGGAAAGUACGUGAAGUGUAUUGGAAGAUAUACAACUCUUUGUACAUUGGUGCACAGGAUUCGCUUGUUGCUUCUUACCCUGCCCUGGAAGACAAUGGGGAUAACAUCUAUAGCUGUCCAGAGCUGGCAGUGUUUGUCUGA